AUGGUCUCCCAGACCCUUCCCAUGGCCGCUAUGUUCAUGAAGAACAAGAUGUUGUCGUGGGCUGCUGUCUUUUUGGCUCUCCAGAGUUUCUUGACUGCUCCUAUCAACAAGGCUCCAUCCGAGAAGGAGGCCGGCGCACAACCUCCGUUGUUGAGACUUGCGUUUGCGUUUAUUUCUUUGGGUACGUGCUACUUGGAGUUUUUCUUCCCAUCCACUAGCCCUGGCUUGAAGAAACUCGCCUCCCUGGCUGGAGACGCUGCUGCCUCUGUAGCCUCCUCUGCCACCUCGAUUGUGUCAUCUGCCACACAGUCUUUGUAA